UCUCUCAGAAGGGUAUGAGCUGCAGGAAUUAAAACCUCGACCGCAUCCACCUGAUCAAAAUCACCAAAAGACUUGAUUUUUUCCUCUUCUUUCUUCAUCUUUCGCCUCCUUGGAAGAUCUGUUUCCCUCUCGCCCUCUCCUCGUUGGUAAUAUUGGGAAGUUUCUUGCUCUUCCCAUUUACCCCCCCCACCAAACCUUUCUGUGGGAAUCAAAAGUUGCAGCAGAAGGCCAUCAGAAACUCCAGAAACAGAAGGCAACUCUUGCUGAUACAAUACCCCCCAGAAAAAAGAAGCAGGAAAAAAAAGAAGGAAAGAGAAAGAGAGGCAAAGGAAAGGGUGAAAACAACAUUCUUUUGGGCCAUUUCUAUAUGCUCGUGCGCGGUGAAGAGGAAUCAAGCAACAUGGUGGUCUCAUCCUCAAGCACCGGUGGGUUUUGCUACUCGGACUUAUCUUCUUCCCACAACCCGGCGAUCCAGGCUCAGCCCCAUCUCGUGAGUCAAAUCCCGAGCUACGACUCCGGCUCGGAGAUCUUCAACUUGGCCUCCGGCAUGGACAUGAUCGGCUUCCCCAAGGACAGUCUGCCCAAUCACCCUCCCCAGAACCACGCGCUCUUGUGGAAAGGCAAUAACUUCUUCGCCAAAGCUGUGAGCCCCAACAACAAUAGCCAAAGCGGACCUUCAUCCUCGAAAGCGGCGGCCGCGCUUGAUGACUCGGCGGCGAGCGAAUUCUACCGGCACGAAUUCCACAAGCCUAAUUUUGCGCCGGCCGAUCAGAAUCUGAUGGCGGCGGCGGCAGCGGCAGCAACGACUUCGCAGGACGAUUCAGCAUCCGCUUGGCAAGAGAGCAACAAGCUUGUGGUGGAUGAUUCCUCCAUAAGGUGCGUCUUUCCGUGCGAAGGGAACGAGAGGCCGAGCCAAGGCCUCUCGCUCUCGCUCUCCUCGGCCAAUCCUUCAAGCAUCGGACUCCAAUCCUUCGAACUGAGGCACACCAACACAAGUGGUGGUGGUGGCCAUCACACUGAUCAUCAUCAGCAUCAAGGCGACAUGAGAUCGUUUGCUGCUUCGACUUCGAGAGAAGGGUUCUUCGGGAAGUCCAACUUGGGGAGUCAUAUUCAGCAACAGCAAGUGAUGAUGAUGAUGCAUCAACAAGCCGGGCAGUUCCAGCUGAGGAAUUCAAAGUACUUGGGUCCUGCUCAGGAGCUCCUGAACGAGUUUUGCAGCCUCGGGGCUAAGCAAAGUGAAUUGACAAAGCAUCAAAAGCCCAACAAAAGCAAAGCUUGGGAUGAUCAAGAUGGCGAUAACAGCGGACCAAGCGGGUCCUCAAAGCAACAGUCUCUCGGGUCCCUUGAAUUCAUGGAGUUGCAGAAGAGGAAGACAAAGCUGCUUGCAAUGCUUGACGAGGUGGAUAGAAGAUACAGGCACUACUGCGAUCAGAUGAAGGCCGUGGUGUCGUCCUUCGAGGCUGUGGCGGGGAGCGGGGCAGCCACGGUCUACUCGGCGCUGGCCUCCAAGGCCAUGUCGAGGCACUUCCGGUGCCUGAGGGACGGGAUCGUGGCCCAGAUCCAGGCGACAAAGAAGGCCAUGGGGGAGAAGGACCUCGUGUCCCCAGGGACAACGAGGGGCGAGACCCCGCGGCUGAAGAUCAUCGACCAGACCCUGAGGCAACAGAGGGCGUUCCAGCAGAUGACCAUGAUGGACAACCACCCUUGGCGGCCGCAGAGAGGCCUGCCAGAGCGGUCAGUGUCGGUCCUCCGCGCCUGGCUCUUCGAACACUUUCUUCACCCGUAUCCAAGCGAUGUCGAUAAGCAUAUUUUGGCUCGCCAAACAGGCCUAUCGAGAAGCCAGGUGUCGAAUUGGUUUAUUAAUGCGAGGGUGAGGCUGUGGAAGCCCAUGGUGGAGGAGAUGUACAUGGAAGAAACAAAGGAGCACGACAACAUGGGAUCCUCGGACGGGGCUACGGAUCUCGAAGACGAAGGCCGGCCGAAUAAUCAGAACCGCGAGACCACGCGCGUCGAGGAUCGAAAGCCGACCACAGAUCAGUUGGUCCGGAUCGACUCUGAAUGCCUCUCCUCCAUCAUCACCAGCCCCGACAAGAGCGACCAGCACCACCACUCCAAGAUCGCGGCUGCGAGAACCCCGCAGAGCAACCACCACCACCACUUGCACCCUCAGAGCUCUGGCUUCGGGCGCGUUGGCGAUGCGUAUGGGGGCAUGGAGAUCGACUUCUCGUCCUAUAACCACCACCCGACCUCGGUGGCCCCGUACGGCAACGACGGCGGUGACGCCAGUCACCAGAACUUCAACGGGAACGGGGGCGGCGUGUCGCUGACGCUGGGGCUGCAGCAGCACGGAGGGCCGGGCCAUGGGGUGAGCCUGGCGUUCUCGUCGGUAUCGCAGAGCUCGCUGUUUUACCCUCGAGACCACAUCGAAGAUUGCCACCCGGUUCAGUACUCGCUUCUCGACGGCGAAGGGCAAACCCUGCCCUACAGGAACUUGAUGGGAGCUCAGCUGCUCCACGACUUGGCCGGUUAGAAUGGAGAUAGGAAAAACCAAAAUUGCUGCACUCUUCAAUAUGGAUAUAUCUGGUAGGGGUUUUAUCAUGAAAGAUGACGAUAUAUGUGUUAGAUUAUAUAUUUAGGUAUAGAUUUGAAUACCCCAUACAUGCACCCAAAAAAAAAAAAAAAAUAGUAUUUCUAGACGAACUUUUGCUAGGUGCUAGAUGCUUGCUAUGAAUCUUUUUAGCCAAUUUUCAUGCAUAUGGUUGGCAACUUCGCUAUCA